AGCCGCCGCCCGCAGCCCGCGCGGCUCAGAACCCGGUCCUCGCUCCGGUGCACGCAGGUGCCACCUCCUGGACGACGGCAGCGGCGGCGACAGGAGCCGGUGGGCAGCCGUGCGAUGGGGCCCCUCCGAGAAAACAAGAAGGAGCAGCGAGUGCAGCAUCAUGAGAAGGAGAUUUCCCGAAGCCGAAUUCCCCGGUUGAUUCUUCGACCUCAUCUGCCCCAGCAGCAGCACAAGGUAUCCCCAGCCUCUGAGUCUCCCUUCUCAGAGGAAGAGAGCAGAGAGUUCAACCCCAGCAGCUCUGGGCGCUCGGCAAGGACCUUUAGCAGCAACAGCUUCUGCUCAGAUGACACAGGCUGUCCUAGUAGCCAGUCUGUAUCUCCUGUGAAGACACCCUCAGAUACUGGAAACAGCCCCAUUGGCUUUUGUCCUGGAAGCGAUGAAGACUUUACCAAAAAGAAAUGCAAAACUGCAAUGGUUGGAGAGGGAAGCAUCCAAUCAACUCGAUAUAAGAAGGAAUCAAAGGCAGGCCUUGUAAAGCCAGGUAGUGAAGCUGAUUUUAGCUCCUCGAGCAGCACGGGAAGCAUUUCAGCUCCUGAAGUCCACAUGUCUACUGCAGGAAACAAACGAUCCUCUUUUCCACGCAAUCGAGGUACCCAUGGACGGAGUAAUGGAGCUGCGCUGCACAAGUCUGGCAGCAGCCCGCCCACCCCAAGGGAAAAAGACCUGCUGUCCAUGCUGUGUAGGAAUCAGCUGAGCCCUGUUAACAUCCACCCCAGUUACGCCCCUUCUUCUCCAAGUAGCAGCAACUCGGGCUCCUACAAAGGAAGUGACUGCAGCCCAGUCAUGAGGCGAUCUGGAAGGUACAUGUCUUGUGGAGAAAAUCAUGGUGUCAAACCCCCAAAUCCAGAACAGUAUUUGACCCCUCUGCAGCAGAAAGAGGUCACAGUGAGGCACCUGAAGACCAGGCUGAAGGAAUCUGAGCGCCGACUCCAUGAAAGGGAAACUGAAAUUGUGGAGCUCAAAUCUCAGCUGGCCCGAAUGAGGGAAGAUUGGAUUGAAGAAGAGUGCCACAGGGUAGAGGCUCAGUUGGCACUCAAGGAAGCCAGGAAAGAGAUCAAACAGCUCAAACAGGUCAUCGAAACUAUGAGGAGCAGCUUGGCUGAUAAAGACAAAGGCAUUCAGAAAUACUUUGUGGACAUUAACAUCCAAAACAAGAAGCUGGAGUCUCUGCUUCAGAGCAUGGAGAUGGCGCACAAUGGCUCCCUGAGGGAUGAACUAUGUCUAGAAUUCCCAUGUGAUUCCCCAGGGAAAAGCUUACUCCUAAGCACCCCUUUUGGUAAGAUGGCAGAUGGGUUAUCUCUAGAAGAGCAGAUCACAGAGGAAGGGGCCGACAGUGAGCUGCUGAUGGGAGACAGCAUGGCCGACAGCACAGAUUUAUUGGAUGAGGUGGUGACAGCUACCAGCACAGAAUCUGGUGACCAGGAGCUUGUUCAUUCUACCCCCAGAGCAAAAGUCCUCAAGGCCCUCCCUCUGGCAGGGAGUCAAGAGGACAGCAGCAUGGUGGUGGAGCAAGCUGUGCAGACCGACGUGGUGUCAUUCAGCCCUGCUGUCUCGGAGCUCAUUCAGAGUGUGUGCAAGCUCCAGGACCCCUGUCCUUCGAGUUCAGCAUCUCCCGAGGAGUCUGGGGCUGACUUGACAGAGAGUUUUCAAGAGUCCAUCUCUCCGCUAAUGGUUGAUUUAACUCCAAGAAGUCCGAACUCAACCAUCCUUCUAUCUCCUGUGGAGACUCCAUUCAGCAAGGCAGCUAUGGAAGCCCAUGCAAACCGCCUCAUGAGAGAGCUGGAUUUUGCAGCCCACACAGAAGAAAGGUUGGAUGGCAUCAUCCCUCUGUCUCAGGGGAGUGUCACGAGGCAGUACUGGAGCAGCAGUUUCCUGGUAGAUCUUCUGGCUGUCGCUGCUCCUGUGGUGCCCACCAUUCUUUGGGCAUUUAGUACUCAGAGGGGAGGAAUAGAUCCUGUCUAUAACAUUGGAGCCUUGCUCCGGGGCUGUUGCAUGGUUGCCCUACAUUCCCUCCGCCGCACUGCCUUCCAUAUCAAAACCUAAACAGAAGUUGUUACCGUGUGCCAAUUUGUCCUGUGUGGCAUUGUGCCAGGUAGAGAAACAGCAGGUUGAUUUGUGGCAGUCUCUAUUCUGUCGUUUUGCUCCUCGGUAUUUGAUUUGCACUAUAGCUAGUUGAAACCUGUUCACUGUUUAGAACCAGAGGUAUCUUCAAAGGCAUGGAGACCUGGUUCCAGUAAAUGUCCCACCAGUGUGGUAUUAGAAAGCAUGCUCAUGACCGGGCCGCGUCGUCUGAGGUGCCCAUUCUUAUACUAGUGGUUUAGGAAGAGAAAAUGCAAAGUUUGCACUUUGAAGACAGCUUCUCCAAGGCUGGCAUGUUAUCUCCUUGCUUUGCUUUGUGCUGUUUUAAAAUGUAUAAAUUGUUCCAGCAUUCCAAUGGUCUUGUGCAUAGCAGGGGACUGUAACCAAAAAUAAAAAUGUAUUUGUGUAAUUGGUUCAAAGAAGUCUUGAAUAGCUCUUUAGUGUCUUACCUGGAAUUGAUAAGGUUUAAGUGUUUGCAGUUUUUUACUAAAUGUAGCUCCAAAGUCUUAAAUGGGUUUUUGUUCUUCAAACUUAUUAAUUGAUGAAACUGUAUGUAAAUUUAUAAUGUACUAACUUAUUUUCUGCUUAUGAUAUAUAGUGUUUUAUUGGAAAUUGUUUGUAACCACACAUUUCAGCAUGAUGAAAAUAAAGAUUAGUGUUUCCAUUUAAAUAAAUGUUUUAUCCUCCUGUAAAAUAAUUAUGUCUGUGUGUUUGCUUCUAUAUUUGAAAAAACUCAAGGAAUAGCAGCACUUUCUUUUCUUAUUGAUAGGGUUGUAUAAAACUGGAAUUAAGGAAUGUGAAAGAGGGAAAAUAAUUAUUGAAAAAAAGAGAUUUCCUACCUUGACUUCAGAAACAUCAUUCCUGAAAUAAGAAUAGUUUUGAUAUUUACUU